AGCAGCGCCUCCUCCUCCUCCUCCUCGCCGGGCCGCCGCCGCCCUUUGUCUUCCCGGCGCUGAGGGGCGGCAUGUCGACGUGGCUCAGCUGCCGCCUGCCGCUCCUCUCGGGGCCGGCGGGCUCGGCGGCUUGGGCUGCCCGCCUGGGACUCCAGCAGAAGCCGAGCCCGCGGCGGCCCCUCAGCAGCACCGCCGGCUGUUGUUGCCUCCGACGGCAACGACGACGCUGCUGCCUGGUCCGACCCGGCGGGAGCCCGGAGGACAGACUGUGGGUUUUCUCCCGGGCGCUUGGCACCCACCCCAAGAAGGAGCCCAUGGAGGCGCUCAACACGGCGCAGGGAGCGCGCGACUUCAUCUACAGCCUCCACUCCACCGAGCGGAGCUGCCUGCUGAGGGAGCUGCACCGGUUCGAGUCCAUCGCCAUCGCCCAAGAGAAGUUGGAGGUUGCACCACCAUCCACUGGACAGCUGAAACAUGUGUUUUUCCAUAAUGCGAUACCUUUUGUAGGGUUUGGAUUUUUGGAUAAUGCAAUUAUGAUUGCUGCGGGCACACAAAUAGAAUUAUCAAUAGGAAUUGUCCUUGGAAUUUCUACUAUGGCAGCUGCUGCCUUGGGAAAUCUUGUUUCUGAUUUAGCCGGGUUGGGCCUUGCAGGCUAUGUUGAAGCUCUUGCCUCCAGAUUGGGCCUCUCCAUUCCCGAAUUAACCCCCAAACAAGCUGACAUGUGGCAAACACGUCUUAGCGCACAUUUGGGUAAGGCCAUUGGAGUGGCCAUUGGCUGCCUUUUAGGAAUGUUUCCAUUGUUCUUCUUUAAAGAUGAAGAAAAAAAACUGGAAGAGAAAAAUUAACGUUUUUACAAAUGCUUAUAAAAAUGUAAAAUAAUGUACCUCAAUUAUACAGUUGUGCUGUCAAAAAUAUUUAGGGUUUAGCGGACAGUAAUGUUGUAUAGAAUGGGGAACAAAACCGCAUGCUGUUUCAUGGAAACACUAACUUAUUGUGUGGCUUUGUCUUAGUACAUCUUUUUAUAUAAGGGUUUUUCCUUUUUUUAAAUGUAAACUGUGGAUGUGUGUUCUACUUAACACCGGCCAUUGACAUUUACCAUUUUCCCUCUUUGCUGCGAUCCUUGACAAGUACUAUUACACUAAUUGCCUGCCAUCCAUGUACUGUAUGGUUUUGGGGUUUGCAUAUUCCCUUAGUAGUUGUAAAAUGCAUGACACAAAUUGCCCUCGCUGCUCAUCAGACCCUCCGUUCUGGACUUUUCAAGUUGGGUGAGAGCUGGCUCCAGGAUGUUACGCCUUCACUCUCCUGCUGCUCUUAAUUUUCCUGGGCCACUGGCUGUGCAACAUGUGCCCAAAACAAGAUCCACUUAAACAAAAUAUUGCUUGAAAUAGAUUUCUGGGGGGUUUUUUUGGCUAAGAUAGUUGCUGAAACAACUCUGGAGACUCUUCAUCGUCUUACAGAUAAGUCAGUGUUUCAUGUGUGGCCUCUCUCACAAUUCCGUAACUCAGAAUACAUCCCUAGACUAGUGUUAUCAAAAUGACACCACAGAUCAGGGAAUCAUACAUGCAUAUCUCAUCUAGUAGUAUGAGCAAAGCAACUGGGAAAUUGGAGUUUGCCCAGUGGUUGGAUUUGGGAAGCUAUGCAAAGUAUCUUGCUUCUUUGGCACUCCUGGCAAAGUUUGUACACUUGCCUUUUCUGUACUGAGCUCUAUCCCCCCCAAUUUAUAUUUGCCACAAGCUUUCUGAAAAUCAGGCUUAGUGUUGAUUGGGGAGUUUUUGCCACCAUCUUUCCCUGUCUUGUUUGGAAGGACAGAGAACGAUAGCAAAAUUUCCCCAGAUUUUUCAUUGCUCAGUUGUUGCAGAUCUUUUUAUAUAUUGACUUGGAAUCUGACCUCCAGCAAGCAUAAAGAUCCUCUGGUUAGCUGAAGAGAGCUUGUGUUUGUGUAUUGUGUGCACUUAAAAGGUGGAGGUGUAAAAUGUACAACAUUAUGUGCAAGGCACUUGGAUUUAGAUAAUAAUGGUAUAAGAGUUGGAGAUUAGAGUGAUAUAAAAUUAAGUCUUGAACUGAUUAUGUGAAAUAGGUCUCAGAUUUCUUCUUCUGAGUGUUUCCUGCUUUAGGAACUCAAAGUAACAAUCCUGCUUUAGGAACUCUGAGGAUGAUCUUGGUGGCUGUCUUUCUGAUACUAACUGGGGAAGAAUGCUAGUCUGGAUUUGUCUUGGACAUCUUUGUCUAAAUUUGUCUACAUCUGGAUGAGUGGAUCUCAUUCGCAAAAUGUAAUUCGCACAAAUAAACUUGUCUACUUUUCAUUUA